AUGUUGUCAAAAUUACCAUCACGUCGACAGCAAAAACUACGAAAUGGUGAUUUUCAACUUAAAAUCAAAAAACAAUUUUUCUUCGAAGAAUAUCUGGAUAAGAUGAUUAAAGACGGAAGACCGACUAUACGCACAAAUUUGAAAAAGAUCCUGGAAGGUCCUUCUAGGAUGGGAGAUGAAACACAACGUAAGUGAUUGUUUAUUUUUUUUAUUAUAAAGUUUGAAGCUUUUUUUCAGCUCAAACAGAAAGUCCAGGGAAGGAGCCGAACUCUGAACCGAGUAUUGUAGUGGACCUGGACCGUCCUAUCGGAGGUGAUUUUCUGGAAUUUUUUGAAUGACUGAAUGUUGUUCAGAAUAUUUAUCUGCAUGUUUCACCUCCGGCUCUACGGAUGUUCUGACAGCUGGAAGGAUUUAUGAAUGUUAUGGGAUGGCUGGGCGUCUCAAUGACAAUGAUUAUUUGGUCGUUCAAUUUGUAAGAAAAUAAUUGAUUUCUUUUAAUUUUACAGAACUUCCUCCAUAAUCAUACAGAAUCAGUGUACUUUCCUGUGAACAGGAGUUUUUUGAUGACGUCCGACGGGCGCGAAGUCAAGAGGAACGAGCCGAGCUGUACCAUCAUUAUGGGAUUGGGAGGAAAAUCAUAGUUAGUUUCCGAGUUUGAAUGAAAAAUCAUACGAAAAUCUUGGGAAAAGUUCAAUUAAGAAAAAUUUACCUGACGCUUUUUUAUAUCAGAGUAAAGAAUGUGCAUGGUUAUAACCAAAAUUUGGAGGAUAAGUGAAUUUUUUGAAUUCGGCUAAUUUCCUAUCGUUUUCGUUGUAUAAACCCCGCUCUUUUUUUCAGAAAUUGGUCUCAAAAAUAUCAGCGAAAUAGUGUGAAAAAACAAGAAAAUCAGACAUAUCCUAUUUUUUUGUGAAAAGUAUCGUUUUUUAUAUCUUCACUCCGUGUAAAAUCUUCACUCGAAGUGGUCGCUCUCAUUCUGAGGCUUCCACCUAGAGCACGGUCUCCGGGCUCCAGCUACACCACCCACUACAUUCUGAGCUCGUCAAGGCGCAACUAGAUGGACUACGCGCAGAAGGACGAGGCGAAGGACCGUAAGACCGAGCUUUCGACUCUUUCGACUACACGUUUGGACUUCUAGUUCGCCAAAGGCGGUUGUUCGCUAUAGCUUUUAAAGUUCUUGUUCACCGCCUAGUCGAUUACAUCAGACUAAAACAACAAAAUAAAUGAUUUGAUCAAAAAAAUUAUUUGGCUUACUUUAAAAGCUCUCAUUUUUGCCUACUGUUUCACUCAUUGUUUCAAGGGACCUGUUCUUGAAAAUUCACUUUUGUUUCCCUUUUGCAAGAAUUGCGUUUCGCUAAAACCGAAAAUAUUUUUAUAAUUCUUUCUAAUUUUUUCUCUCCUUUCUCAAAUAAUAUCAAUUUUAAAACAGCCUCUCAUUUUUUACUCUUCUAAAAAAUUUUAGUGUGAUCUAUCUCUGACCUCCAUGAAAAGAACGGAACAAGAGCUCCACAAACUCAUAAUCGCCCUCGAAUUGUCCCCAAAAAGAGGCUUCAAGAUUUACGGCAUCGAGAUUUUUGUAGUUCCCGAAGGAAUGGACCCAUUUUUGGUUUUUCUUUUCUUCUAUUUCGACUAAGUUGAGGAAUUUUCAGUCUGGUGAACUUCCUAUUGGAGAUUGGAUCCGGUCCGACAAUCUUGAUGCUAUUCUUUCGCCCUUUUUCAGAUUUAUGUUGCAGAGGGUAAGGAAGGAAAAUUUUUAUUUGAAAAUUCAUUGGAAAAGGCUGUUCGAUGAGUUGGAAGAGUCAAGUUUAGAUGCUGAUUCCCUCAAGCGAAGGUUGAAAAACAAAGCCAAGUUUCAAAAAAUGAAGAUAUCAAAUUUUUGAGCUUUUUUGGAGCCUUAUAAUUUCUUAAUUUGCUGCAGCUUUGCAUCCCAGUCGAAGAAAUCAAGCGUUUCACGGUUCGAAGGCCUGGAACUGGCUGCAAAACUUUGUUGGACCUUCCAAAGAUCAUUCGAGAACUCCUUUUGGGUGAAAUAUGCUCCGAUCACCGUUAGCUUGAGACAAAAGUACUGCAAAGAGGCCUGAACCUCUUCUUUUUGCUCAAUAUUUUGCUGAUCGCGUAAAGACCUUUAAUUGAUAUUUUCUCAAGACACUGGGGAUCGGACAUUUUUUUUGAAGACAUUUUAAAAAAGGUGCAAUUUUCAAGACGCCGGUUGCUAUAUAAUGGGCUAUCCUAACAUUUUGCGCAAGGCCGCCACCAAUCCCCAGAUUGUGGAGACCGAACUUCCGAGGUUGCUCAUUUUUCAGAUUCUCGUGAAUUUAACUGAAAUGCUGUUUUAGUCUUUGGAACGACUUCGCCGGCAGCGACUUGGACAAAAUUGAGGGGAUCCAAGAAAUGUGCCAGGCCUACACGCAGUGCCGGAGAAAGUGUCGCGACAAACUUGUCAAAGCGCUGUGAGUCAGAAUUUUGAGAGAAAAAAGCUGUUGCCAUAUUUUGAAGAUCAAAACACUUGAGAGGCUCCUUCUUGUAGCAGAUGCUUUCCUGUUAAAAAACGACAUUUUCUUAUCUGAUCUGUUUAAAAAUUCAUUGACUGUUUCAUUCAAGUUCUAUCAAAUUUUAGAGAUUUUUACUGAGCCGUUUUCCGUCAAAAAAAAUAGAUUAAUUUUUGCAAAGCCAUCCUUCAAACGGAUAUGAGCUGGAAAAAAGACUUUAGUAGGUUUCAGUGUAAUUUUUUGUCCAUAGCAGUUGAUAGAAAGUAUGAAUGAAGACGAGAGAGUCAAGAAAAUAUAUGAAAAGUGACUUUUCCCCUCUUUACAGCUUUUUUGCAAAUUUUUUCGUUUCUAGGACGUUUUCAGCCGUUGAAUUUGUGAUUCCCAAAAAAAAUCCUUUCGAAUUUUUUUUUACGAAAAUGAAUAGAAAUGUAUAGCCUCUGUAUUUUGGAUGCCAAGUGAAAUAACGUCAUUUGAAAACGCUCUGUGAACGGCUCGCUCUAUUGGUCGGUCGCGCCAUUAGGGGCGGAGCUUGAGUGACGACUUGACAUUCAGAAGCUGAACAAACUAUUGGAAGACUUUUGAAAAAAAUUUCAAAAUUUUGAGAAAUUUUCGAAUGAUUCUAAAGAAUAUUCGAUUCAGGAGCGAUAUUCGUUCGAGCACGGUUCGAUACAACGAAUAUGGCGAGGCCGUCUGGGACUGUUCGGUUGAAUUCAACAAUUUUCGACGAAAUUUAGUGAUUUUUCUGAUUUUCAGAUGCGCAAAAAGGUCCUGCCGAUGGAGGUUGAUGAGGAAGUUGAAGUUGAAGGACUCAACAGCGAAUCUCUUUGA